AUGUUGGUUGGCGAUGACAUUGGCGAGAGCACGGAGGGGACAAAGGUUGAGGUUACUCUCGGGGACAUUGAUUUGGAUCAACCUACAGCUGUGUUAUCUCAGUUGAACGUUUGGUUGAAUGAUGAAGGUCAAGGUGUGGAACGAGGGGUCCAAUUACGGAAGAGGAAGAGGAUUAUUCCUAUGUGGAAGAUCGUUGAAGCUAGUGAAAUGGUUAAAAAAAUUUGCCAAAGACAACCGGACUUCGGACGUUAG